ACAAAAAUAAAAAUAAAAUGGUAAUUCAUUGCAUGGAUAAAAGAUCUCGUAAAUAUCAUUUUAUUACAUUCUCGGCUUGUUCCAGAGUAAUUAUUUAACGUCAUAAGAGAAACAUAUUAGCAGCAUCAACGAACACAUUAAUGAUAGAAAAUAAAAUAAAAUGAAAUAGUCGGAGCGUAAGAGUUCGUUCAAAACUCCCACAUUUUGCUGGGAACAAUGAAAGGUUUUUAUGACUAAUCCUUACGAUCCCCUUCAAGUUCGUCCCACCAAUGAUGAUGGAAGAUAAUGAAGGGUGACUGAAAAUCAUAUGUUACGAGUAACGUAAUUCGUAUGUAAAAGUGAAACACAUGGGUUAAUUUGUUUUUCAUGUAUUUUUUUUCUCUUUUCAUAAGGGUGAGGUUUCCUCGUAUGAUUCGAACCCUCCUUGUUCCUUGAAAAAAUAUCUUCCCCUCGUAUGGACAUAUGUAUCUGUUUGAUGAGAAUCGUAUGCACAGGAACCAAGCCGUGUUCGAUACGCUCGUGUUGAGCGUACUUCGAGGGUGAAUAGGAAAGCACCGUGUGUUCGGCUUUGUUAUACUGUUGCCAUGACGAUAAACAAGUUAAACGAAAGCGAUAUUUUCGAGUAGCCAGCCAGCUUCUUCGUCUACCUCGGUUAUCCUGUCGGAAAGAAAACUGGCGCAGUUUUACAAUAGAAAAUCAAAGAUGGAUUCGCGCGAACGCAGUGAAACGAUGUCAUUUUUCGUCGACGCCGUUCCCGAAGAUUCCUUUUACGAAAAUUUAACAUUAGGUGUCGUCAAGAUACUCGACAAUUUGCCAUGCGUUAAAAAUGUUCGCGUAGACAGGCGUAACGGUUGCGAACGAAACGCCAUUGCGAAUUGGGAGCAACGACACGGCUGCGUGCUGCCAGAAGACGUAAAGAAUUUCUAUGCUUCGAUCGAUGGUUUUCUACUACAGUGGAAUCUCGAGAUAGCGGGCGAAGAAUUUCCGGUAGGGCGAAUGGAGAUAGGCAAGCUGUCGUCUCUAAAACGUUACCUCGGUGUUGGGAAGGAUCGACAACAACAAAGUGUAACGACAACGGCAACGACAACGACAACGACGACAACCACAACGACGUCGAUGACGAGUCUGGUCUCGGGUGAAAGAGGAACCGACAUCGAACCGGAAGUCGAGAUAUUCGUAGGAAGUACAGAGAACGUUGUUCCUGGUACUUCGAAGAUUACCACGACUAAUCCACGUGGUUCGAAACUCUUCGAGAUAGUUAGAUGCUUUCCUACAACAAUAGACGCUAAAGUGUACUUGGCAUAUCCAAGCAAAGUUGAACAAAAGUCACCCGAAAUUUGGCUACAUCAGGAAACUACCGAUAGAUGGUAUCAUCUGGCCGACAAUUUUACCAAAUACUUUCGUAUGAUGUUGGUCCAUCUUGGUUUGCCUGUUUGGCAAUGCUGCGUCGUUGGUUUACCUUUGCCAACUUGGGUCGAGCAAGUCUAUUUCUUGGUCGGGCCUCAUCUUUUGCCAAACACAGUCGAACCAACCGAGACAAUUUCUACUAAUCUAUGGAACAAUGGUCCUACCAAUCUACUAGAUCCUAGCAUUUUCAGGAAUAUGGAAAAUAAGCUAAGGAAUUCAAAAAAGAAGUGAUCUUUUUUCCAUGGGUUUGCUGUCCUCCUUGAUCAUCCCAAUAAAUCUUUCUCUUCUAUUCUUUCGAAAGGGAAAGAAAAAAAAAAGAAAUGACAAAAAUAACAGAAGAGAGAGAGGGAGAAAAAAAUAGAUCGAAGGAAGGAUCACUUGGCGAUCCAUCAAAUGCACGACGCCUACGUCUUCUCUCGAAAGAAAAUAAAAGAAUCGAGCACGCGUAAAAAUGUCUUAGGAACGAAGAUGGAAAGCAAUAUCAUAUCUACGGUGGAAAGGGGAUGGGUGGGAUGGGAUGGGAUGGGGGAUCGAGGUACUGUAGUAAAAGGUGACGUUUGAAAAAAUCAACACCUCGGGUUUUUUUUUUCCUACGUCGAAGAUAAUUUCUCCAAAUACGAGAGAGAGGGAGAGAGAGAGAGAGAGCAAUGGAAAGCUUUCGAUGUUAUCAAUAACUUUCGAGAGAAUAGCAAUAGCUAUAUCAUUGGUAUAUAUGUAGAUAUUGAAAUUGAAUUGGCACACGAUCUCUUCCUCUCUCUCUCUCUCUCUCUCUCUCUCCCUCCCCCUUUUCACUUUAUCUCUAUUUUACUUUCCUCGGUUGUUAUUUAAUGCGCGUUAUUACGGAUAAGCUCGUUAACUCGAUCCUUAAAUCAUCGUCGAAUAUUUUAAAAGGAAUUGGAACGCGUAUUAAAAUGAUUGCGAAAAGAAUUUAACGAUCAACGAUAUUUGUUUUAUCGAAUACAAAAUUUUCUAACGACCUAGAAGAAAGUUAAUAAAAUUCUUAACGUUAUUUAUAUAUUCGAACUCGUAUUAGCAUCGAUACAGUUUUA